CCUAGAGCGCAUGCGCCGGGGGAAGGAAACGCUCGCCCCGUCCUCAUGACGCGGUGGCAAACAGACAGCUGAGGAGCUCAGUGUCUGGGUCAAAAUGGCCGUGGAGAAGCGCCUGGGGUUCGCUAUUGUGCAGUUUCUACGAGACCAAACUCAUCGCAGUGCUUUAAAUUCUGAUGAGCAAGAGAACCUGGAGGUUGCGAUCCAGUGCUUGGAGACUACCUUCAAGAUCAGCUCCAGUGACUGCCAUCUUGCUGUAUCCCAGCCACUCAGAGAGAUAUUCCUCAACGCUCUGCUCAAGAACGACAACCUCACCGUACCAGAGACGUCCCCGUCUCCUGAAGACAUAGAACGGGCGGAGCAACUUAAAAAUGAAGGGAACAACCAUAUGAAGGAGGAAAACUACAGAUGUGCAGUUGAAUGCUACACAAAGGCCAUAGAUCUGGACCUAAGAAACGCUGUGUAUUACUGCAACAGAGCUGCUGCUCACAGUAAACUGGGUAAUUAUACUGAGGCGACUGGAGACUGUGAAAGAGCCAUUGGGAUUGACCCAACCUACAGCAAAGCGUAUGGGAGGAUGGGUUUCUUGCAGGACAGGUGACCUGUCCAGGGUGUACCCUGCCUCUUCUCCAUUGACCACUGGAGAUAGAUGAAGUUUCUUGCAACCCUGUUGACUACUUCCAAAAAAAGCUUGAUGUUUCUCUGAUCACUUCCCAAAAUCUUAGCAAUUUCAAGAGUGCUGCAUACUGCUGAGAGACUUUUGGUCAUUUUUACUUUUCAGAGUCAAGUUAAGCAUGGCUGAAUAAGAUAAGUUUACAGUAGUCAGUGUUCACUCUAGUGCUAUACAACUGUAACAAUCUAGCCGUUGUUAGUAGAACUGACCAGGUGUAGCAGGAAUACCGAGGAUGUCCUGGCAGUGCUGUGCAAACACCUGAGCUGUAUAUGCACUUGGACAGGAGUGAAGGGACUGGUCCACUUUACUGAGGACAACCUGCCGCAGGUUCAUCAGACCUAAAACCAACAACAUCAAAUUGAGAGAGAUUCUAAGCAUGCGCCUUACAGAGAGUUGUAGGUUUCAGAGAAUUCGGAGCGUCUGACCCGUGCUUGCUACUCUGGAUGCAAUCAGUUUGUCGAGCAAAUCAUCUGGGACCGGUGUCCCAUCCUUGUAGUGGCUUGACAUCCUUCUUAGUGGCUCCUUCUCCCAAACCCAGUUCUCCAGCAUCUGGGACGGCACUUCCACAAAGUCUGUUUCCACCUGAGUACCGCUGAAUUCUGAAAACGUGGUCUGCGUCAAACAAGAGCACAAAUUCAUCCUCUAUUGCUGGAAUAAAAUCAAACCAUGCAUAGAAUGCAACAAUGCUGAAGCUGCUAAUUGUGGAGAAUUUACACCUUGGAGCAGAGCUCAUGCAUCAUGUGGCCAACUCGUGAAAAUAUGUCUCCACUUCAUGGUGUUGGAGGAGGGAGGGCCAGCCUUUUCUCGGCUUUGUAAAGUUAGCCACCAUAGCAGUCACCGGAAACCUGCGUUUUCCAUCAGGUCCUCUGCAUCCUGGCAGGAGGCCAAAACAAGCAGCAUGGCCAUACUUCCCUUCCCUAAAUAACACGCAAGUCAGCAUUUACAAGACUAGAAUCAGAAACUCAAAAAGUUGCAGUUUGCUAUGACAAAACUUAAGAACAUAAGGAUAAUUCAGCGUUUUUAGAGGUUGCACCAUCUUUACCUUGGGUGCAAGUCCAGGUAGAACUGUCCAAUCUCCUCUCCCGUCUCGGAGUCGUGGGCUGAGUAAAGCUUGACAUCUUCGUGCCAAACGUGAGCGCCCUUGACCUCUUCAAAGGUGAGGCCCAGCAGCUCCUCGUAGAUACCAAACAGCCCUUCUGUCACCACCUCCAGGGGAAAAUACUCAAUCAGUUUGUCUUUGUUCACAGCAAACUUGCACUGCUCCACUUGGUUCAUGUAGUAGGGCAAGUCCCAGGCAUUGAUCUGCCCAUCAAACUGGAAGCCCUUCAUCAAGCACUCCCUCUUCUUCAGUGCUAGGAUGUACUUUCUCUCCUUGAUUCCAAUGGGUUUUAGUCUGUCGUGGAAUGCAUCUGCAAAAGAUGGAAAGGUGAACAGGUUUAGCAGACUAACAUCAAUGUGUGCAUAAUAAAUUUUCAGAACUCCAAGUAGUCAAUUUGACAGUCUCCCCAUGGUGUUUUUUGAUCCGUACAAGUUUCUUGUGCAGCAAAAAAACAAAAACAUAUAUGGCGCCCCCUACAGUUAAAUUCAGAGAACAAUUGCUAGAGAUCACAGAUUCACUGCGCAAUUUGGGGAUAUAUUUGUAAUGAAGUGAAGGAGUUAUAGUGCUUAUAUUGACUAGCUUACAUAUUUAGGCAUCUCAUCGUCUAAUCUGUAACUUCAAAAAAUAACGGGAAGCAAUUUGUUUUCAUCACAUCCACUGAUAAGUUACAAACUGUCCUAUUUGGGAAAAAAGACUAAUUAAAAUGUAUGUAAAAUUAUCUAUCAAAUGCAAGGCACUGAUGUUUCCUGAGAACCAGAUAUUCAUCUGUCCCUUAUUUUCACUGUUCUUUUCAUUUUUCCUUUUUUUUUUUUUACAAAUAAAAAAAAUCAACAGAAUUAUGCUUCUGUUGUAUUACAAUAUUGUUUUGUGAGAGAUUUUUGGAAUAUCUAAGGUGUCAUAAACAUGUCUGCAUUUGUAGUAAUUUCACUACACCUAUUUGUAACUGUGAAUUGGAAACCAGUUAAUCAUCACUGGUGCACCCAAUAAGUCCUCCUCUCCAGAGACGUAAUUUAAUGUAGCCUCACUUCCCAGAUGACAGAGCCCUAAAAGUCGACUGUGUAGCAACCGUGCUCAUUCAGGCCAACAAAUAUCAUUAGUUCAUAUGCUGAUGAUCUCCCAGGGGCCCCUAUAACAACAGUGUGGUUGUAUUUUAAACAUUGACCUCAUCUUGUCAACUCAUAUUCAUUACUUAAAAAUAUUUAAACCUGACCUCAUUUUAUGUAAGAUACACAUAUUAGGCACAAUUAUGUACAUAAUAUUUCUGCCUGGCGUGCAAAAUAUGGGCCAAUACAGAUUUUUGUCAUUUCUUUAACAUUUCAGUAUUGAACCAGAUGAAAGAGCCCAUCUUUAAAUAUUUAAUGUGUAAUUGAAGAGUUCAGAGUGAACAAUAAAGGUGACGAGUAAAUGUUAUGAAAUAGAUCACACUUUAAGGAAAUAUUUGUUGUAUUUAACAUAUUUCAAGUAAGAAGUGAGCAUGUAAUGAAAUAGAUCCUGUCCUAUAAUUUUAUGUAAUUGAACAUUACAGGUAACAAAUGCGAUGAUCAUCUGAGGUAAUACAUUUUACGAACAUUUGAAAAAAAUAUUUUUUAAAUAUAAAAUUAGUUGAAUAAAAAAAGGGGUCAAAAUGUAAUAAAGAUGAUCUA